AUGUUUCAUGAGAUCGAACGAGAUCUUAUCAGACCCGGAAUCAGCGAAAAAGUACUAAAGAACGAGAUUUACCAGCUUGGCGCAACUCAGUACGGCAUCGAAAUCCACUGGCAUAAACGACUUGUCAGGAGCGGCUCGAGCGCCCUACGGCCUUUCCAGGAGAAUCCCCCUGAUCGUAUCAUUGGCGAGGAUGAUAUCCUUGUUAUUGAACUCGACGACCCCCAUAAGAAGAAGAUCCGGAAUACCCUUGACCCAAUUUGGAACAGGGCUGCCGAGGAAGACGGAUGGUCAUUUGGCGCCGAUUUGGCUGGCCACCUUGUCGGAUCGUUCCCCCAUGAACACAUUCCCCGCGACAAGACGACUCUCUAUAAUCUCAAGGGGAACAAGGUGCCCAUGAGCACCUUAGGCAAGAACGGGAAGAAAAGGCAUUGGAUCUUGGAGAUCCACCUACAGGAUCACGCGCGAGGGCUGGCGACAUUCUACGAGCAGCUCUUAACUGCCGGGUGA